AUGGAUAAAUGUGGAAUCUGCCUCAAACCAGCAGUUCAAUUGUUUGAAACUGGGAAAGAUGGUGUGUAUGCCUGUUUUAAAUGCCAGCCUCUUGUGCCAGAAGUUACUAUUGGAGAUCCUGCAUCAGAUGUAACAGAUCCUAGGUCUUCCAACACUGAAGAGGACAGCAAUGAAACUGGGCUGUACUGCGGCAUUUGCCAUAAAUCCUUUCAGAAAAGCUUGCAGCUUCAGAACCACCUCAGAAAUCAUCGAGCUGAGAGGCGUUUCGUCUGCACAUACUGCAAUAAAGCCCAAAGAAAGCUUGAUCGGUUUGAGAGUCAAAAUGCCGACUGGUUGAACAGGGAGUUUAAAGUAUCGUCGGGUUCAUGCACUUCUUCCACUUCUGAAGGUAUUAAAAGUCCGUGGCCCUACCACGGUUACAAAUUAUAUUCGAGGAGUCCGCAGCCCUACCACGGUGACAAAGUAUUCGAGGAGUCCGUAGCCCUACCACGGUUACAAAUUAUAUUCGAGGAGUCCGUGCCCCUACCACGGUUGCGAAUUGUAAUCGAGGAGUUCGUGGCCCCACCACGGUUACAAAUUGUAUUCGAGGAACGGGCGGCGCACGCGGACGUGCGGAGUCCCCUGCGCGGCGGGGCGAAGCACCCGUGCGGCGUGUGCGGCGCCUCGCUGGCGGGCGAGGGCGCGCUGAGGCAGCACCUGGCGCAGCACGUGGUCGCGCACGCGCAGGAUGCACACGCCGCGCACGACGAGAAGGAGGAGUUCGCGUGUGUGUUCGCGUCGUGCGGCGCCCGCUUUGCGUCGCCGCGCGAGCACACCGAGCACCUGCUGCGCGCGCACCAGCUGCGCGUGCUCACGCGCACGCACACGCACCCGCCCAGGAGGGGCCGCCCGCCCAAAAAUUUAAAAGAUCCCCUUGACCUGAAGGACUCAUCCAUAUACGAUGAGGUCAAAAUUAUAAAACAGGAGCCGCAAUACUUGCCCAAAUUGAAAGUACAGAGUUUGUUUCAG